CGAAGAACCGAUCAAGUUAAUAAUAAGUGUCGUUAGCAAAUUGAAUCUCCCAUAUCCCAGGCACUGGAGACAACAACUAAAAUAAAACAGAAAACCCUCCACAGCAUUUGAUCUCCGAUCAGUUUUGUUUGAGAGAAAUCGAGCCGAGUUUGAAACAUGAUUGAUUUGGAAUGAGAAACAAGCCUGAAAAGUACAUGUUUUGAAGCUGAUUUUGGUGGAAACAAUGAACUUUCUUCUGCCGCGGUCCAAUCAACAGGCAACGCCAGAACCACCUCCUCCUGUAUCAGAAGAGGUGUCAGAGUCUAUUUCUGUUUCUAAUUCCGUGACAUCUUUGGACGGGCUUAUAGCUGAAGAUCAAUUUCCAGAGUACCCUACAGUUGAAAACCAUGAUUCACAAACCGAUAGGUAUGUAGGUGAGAAUGCUGGAGUUGGGAGUGAUAAGAAAUCUUCUGUCCCGGAGAAUCACAUUGAUGUUUCUGAAGAAGAUGGAUGGAUCACUAUUCCAUAUAAGGAUCUUCCUGAUGAUUGGAACCAUGCACCGGACAUACGUUCAUUACGUUCCCUGGAUCGUUCUUUUGUUUUUCCUGGUGAACAAGUUCAUGUUCUAGCAUGCUUAUCAGCAUGUAAUCAGGAAACAGAAAUUAUUACCCCAUUUAAAGUUGCUGCAGUGAUGAGUAAAAAUGGCAAGAGAAAGGCUGCUCGUAAACAAAUUGGAAACAUGGAGGGCGAGACAAAUCCAGUGCCCGAAGGAGGAGAUGUGAGUCUUACUGGUGCAGUAAUGGAUCAGAAUGGUGACAACUUGGAGAAAGAUAAGAUUGAUCCUGCAAAGGAUGUCUCUGCUAGUGAAUCAUUUCUUAGGAUGGAAGACCACAUAAGACAGACUGAAACACGGUUGAAAAGGUUUAAGAACUCUCAUUUCUUUGUCAGGAUUGCAGAGUCUGGUGAGCCUCUCUGGUCAAAAAAAGGUGCUUCUAGGACAGCUUCUGAAUUGUCUGAGAUGGAUAGCCAACAAUCAAUUGCAAAUGAAACCAAAAACACUUCCAAUAACAUAUCUACACAAAAUGCAGUAAUUGAUAGAGGAAGUUUCGAUGCCAAUGUUUCUGGUGGAGUAGCUAGAGAUGCUAUUAAGUGUUGCUCUCUUUCCAAUGGAGAUAUAGUGGUUCUUUUAAAAGUGAAUGUUGGUGUUGAUUUUCUUAGAGAUCCUGUGAUUGAGAUUCUUCAGUUUGAGAAAUAUUGCGUCAGAAACGUUUCUUCUGAGAAUCGGGACAACUUAGUGUAUGCAAAGCAAGACCCAUGUGGAGAACUGUUGAAAUGGUUGCUUCCUCUGGAUAACACUCUUCCUGCACCUUAUACAUCAUCCCUUCCACCUUUAGGACCUGCUUCUGGAAUCGGUAGCACAUCUCAGAGGUCCUCUCAGCUCUUUUCUUUUAGUAGUUUUAGAAGUUACUCCGUGUCAGCACUUCCUCAAAAUGUUACACCUCCUUCGGGACCUGUUAAAGCCCAAAGUUCUAAACCAUCAUUUGACCUUAAUGAGGUGGAUCAUUCCUCUUCUCAGAAGAAUUUAAAGGGUAAAAACACAGGGACUGAAGAGCUUUUAUCUUUUCGAGGUGUGUCACUAGAGCGAGAAAGAUAUUCUGUUCAUUGUGGAUUAGAAGGGAUCCGUAUCCCAGGAAGAAGAUGGAGGAGGAAACUUCAAAUAAUUCAACCUAUUGAGAUCCAUUCUUAUGCUACCAACUGCAAUACAGACGACCUUCUUUGUGUUCAGAUAAAGAAUGUCUCUCCAGAAAACAUACCAGAUAUUGUCGUAUACAUAGAUGCUGUAUCAGUUGUUUUGGAAGUGGCUUCUAAAGUUGGACCACCUGUGUCCCUACCAAUUUCAUGUAUUGAAGCUGGAGAUGACCAUAGUUUGCCAAACCUUGCACUGAGGAGGGGUGAAGAGCACUCUUUUAUUUUAAAAUCACUGUCUUCCGUCUGGAAGGAUGUCAAGACUUACGGAGAAAAAUCUAAAUUUUCUUGUUUGCAACCCCCUUCCCAGACUUCAAGUAGAAAAGGGAGUGAUUCAGUUGUUAACCAAUAUGCAGUUAUGGUAUCAUGUCAUUGCAACUACACAGAAUCAAGAUUGUUUUUCAAGCAGCCAACAAGUUGGAGACCACGGAUUCCUAGGGAUCUUUUGAUCUCAGUUGCAUCUGAAAUGUCAGGACAACAUUCUGGACCUAAUGAAGGAGUUACUCAGCUUCCAGUUCAGGUUUUAACUCUCCAGGCUUCAAAUUUGUCUCCCGAAGAUCUGACUAUGACAGUUUUUGCUCCAACAUCAUUUACCUCACCUCCAUCUGUAGUAUCCUUGAAUUCUCCGACAGCACCAAGGAGCCCAUUUGUUGGCUUUUCUGAGCUUGCGGGGAAAGUAGGUUGUCAGAGGGAUGCUUCUGAUAAUCAGAAAGAGAAUGGUAACGCUAGUAACGCUAGGGCUAGGUUUACUUCUUCCAAUGAGCAGUUAACUCAGAUUGCUGAUUUCAUUCCAACUUCUGGUUUGGGAUGUACUCAUCUCUGGCUGCAGAGUCGAGUACCACUAGGAUGUGUUCCUGCUCGAUCUACGGCAACCAUUAAGCUUGAGCUACUUCCAUUGACUGAUGGCAUAAUCACUCUCGACACUUUACAGAUUUAUGUUAAGGAGAAAGGUCUUACAUACAUCCCUGAGCACUCAUUGAUGAUAAACGCGACUUCUAGUGUCUCCACAGGGAUUAUUUAGGAUGGGUUGCAACUUGUAUUUCUCUCUUCAUCUUGUUAUUUAUAGCUUCCAACAAGGAUCUCGUAGCGUCAUUCCAAUUUUGCAGAAUCAUUGGUACACACAGGUGUUUGCGGAUUCAUCUGAAAAAUACAGCCACCAGUGUUUUCUUGUAAACUGCAAUGUUGAGAAUGGCGUUUGUUAUAAUACCCCCAUUGAUGGGAACAAAUGUUCUUUGUAUUGUAGAUGAAGCUAAAGGUUUGAAAACUGUAUUUGUUGGAAAGAAAUGAGUGAGACCUGACCUGAGUGCUUUU